AUGUCCGCCUUAAAGAAAACCCUCGUCGAGGACUUGGAACGCUUGCCAUUGAUAUUUGAAAAGCCAUGGUUUGCGAACUCCUGGAAACAAUACGACGUGUUUUUAAAUAAAUACGGUUCCCAUGUUAUAACUUCUUUCAAACGAGGGGCACGUAUGUUCCAGACCAUAUUCGCAGCGAGUUCUACUUCGUACAGUCAGAGGAAUUUCGAAGUGAGAAGUUGUGUCAAACUGGCCGGUCCCACGAACGUUGCAAAGGUCGGCGUCGACAUAUGUGCAAAUGUCACCAAGAGCGAAAUAGCAAAUGUGACCAAGAUGAACACUGAAGAUAAACUCGUCAUUAGAGGAGGGUCCAAGAAAACUCGAAACGCUCUGAGAACAAAGAGGACAGAAAAACUGAUGGAGGAAUUUUUGAACGAAGCCAACGAAACCGAAGCGUCUGUUGGGCAUACCUUUAGGUCUCUGUGGGACAUUCUGCAAAGUCGUUUCCAGACCGGUUCAGACAACUAUAUCAGAGCAGUAAACUUACAGUACUACUACCUCGGCUACCUGAAUUACGGCUGUCGUUUCAAAGAAAGUGGAGACGUUUCGUUACAGAAAUUUGACUACACCAGAGGCUCCUCGAAGCAGGCUCCAGAGUUCGAGUGCACCCUGGCUGCAGCGGGCUGUCGCAGCGACGACGACUGUCAUGUUAAGCUUGGUUGGUGUUCCUGCAAAGGAAAGUCUUGUAUUCAAUACAAACUCGAGAACCAAGGCACUGCAGAAAAGAAAACCAAUGCAUACGUAAAUACUGAUGAAGACUUGGAGUGGCAUGGCUGUGACUGGAAAGUUCCUGGGUUAUCCUGCAGCUGUUAUAACGACAAUGUCGGGUCGAGGAAAGAGGUUUGGAGGAUGCCCAGCAGAGAUGAUGUUCAUAAAAGCGGUGCUCAGCGGAAGGUUGCCACUCCACUACAAAGCAAGAAGCAGACGAAACGAAAACCAGGAUGA